AGUACUUACCCUUUACCGAACGAGGUCAAAAUGGCGGCGCACUGCAUGUGAAAGGGUCGUGCCGGGUUUCUGCUUUAUGAGUCAAGAACAUGUAUAAAACGCCAUGUAGCCGACUGACAGGUUUUAUUGGUGCACAUGUGAAACAGAAGUUACUUCAUAUAUCACCUCAGUGCAACCAUAGCGCCUGCAGUCUCGUUCAUGUGCGCAGAAGAGGUCCCUCCAGCUGGCUGACGUAUCAGCAUCUCAACUUUCUAAAACGAGAGUAUGUUGCAAAAAGCAACAGUGAGCUUCACCAACGUGCCGUCCCCAAACAGACGCAAGUCCAGAUCAUCGUUGAUGAAAGAGACGACAGCAUUGAGAGGCAGGUGGAGCGAAUACCAGCUAUGAAACAAGCUUCACCGCCAGACAAUAUCAUCCCUGUGGAAAAGCGUGAUGAGUCCAUCCUGAAGCCCGCUGCAGAAAAUGUGGCAGCGCAAGAAGGUUCUCUAUCCGUUAUGGAUACGACUCCUGUUGAAGCUCCUCAUAUUUACAUUGAGACGGAGGAGGCGAGACAGGCCCGCCUGGACAGACAGUGGAAGCAGGUCAAAGUUUAUGUGGCCGAUCUACCGGACAUCUAUGCUCGGCUCUCCAAAAUCAAACUUACAGCUUUGGUGGUCACAACAGCAGCAGCUGGCUUUGCAAUGGCUCCGGUGCCCUUUGAUCCCAUCAUGCUUUGUGUAUCAUCUCUGGGAACAGGCCUCGCGUCGUGUGCUGCCAAUUCAAUUAACCAGUACUUUGAGGUCCCCUUUGACUCCAACAUGAACCGUACAAAGAACCGUCCGCUCGUCAGAGGACAGAUCAGUCCUCUACAUGCAGUGUCAUUCGCCCUGGCCUGUGGCGUUCCUGGGGUUACACUGCUCACACUGGCGGUAAACCCCUUGACGGGCUUUCUUGGUGCUCUGAACAUCUUUCUGUACAGCUGUUGCUACACACCGCUGAAAAGACUCAGCAUCACCAACACCUGGCUGGGAGCAGUGGUCGGAGCAAUUCCCCCAGUGAUGGGCUGGACUGCUGCCACAGGCUGCCUGGGGCCAGGCGCAUUACUGCUGGGUGGCUUCCUGUACUGCUGGCAGUUCCCCCACUUCAACGCUCUUAGCUGGAACUUGAGGGAAGACUAUUCCCGUGGUGGCUACCGUAUGAUGUCCGUCACCCACCCUGCCAUGUGCAAGCGAGUGGCCCUACGCCACAGCUUGGGUCUGAUUGGGCUGUCGACAUUGGCGCCUCUGCUGGACGUCACCACCUGGAUUUUUCCCGUCAUCUCUUUACCCAUCAACCUGUACAUCAGCUACCUGGCAUUCCACUUCUACCACAAAGGGGACCGCAGCAGCGCUCGUAAGCUCUUCUUCUGCAGCCUGUGGCACCUGCCCAUGUUGCUGCUGCUGGCGCUCACCAGCAAGAAGAACAGCAAAAAGCCAGAGGACUCGAUGCCUUUAAACCCCUUACUGCCAGUUAACUAGCAUCAUGGCUAACUGAGACCUUUGUGUUACCCACAGCAGUCCUUCAGGAUCUGUGUGGCUGGACAAGUGGCUUAAUUACAGGAAACACCAACGUCCUUUAAACGUGUGUGUGCUGUAAAUAAUCUGUAUUUAUUUAUGAAGGUCUCAUCAGUUUCUCUCCACGUCAAACCUGACUGAUGUUAAAUCAUUCUGUACAGUUUCAUGUCCUCUUAGCAGCCUUACACACCAAAUAUCAGGCUCAUCAGGCACAUUUGGAGCUGGUGAGUCUAGUGUCAUGUUUUUUUUUUUUACUCUUUCAGACCCUUAUCGUUACAACCAACUUCACAUUUAGAUUCAGAUCCAUCAAUGAAACAAAAUAUUUAGAGCUGUGAAGCAUAGUUCAUGUGGUAGUAACUCCGUUACUUUUAAGUUCAGGAGGCAUAAUAAAAGCAUUCAUUUAUGAAAUAAUCCACAUGUAGAAAGUUUCUAGAGUCAACACAGACAAAUUAACAAACUUUCUUUUGUUUCUUUUCUGUGCUUGCUUGGAUGAAAUGUUUGAGUUCACAAAUGUGCUAAAAGUGCAAUUCCCCCCCCCCCCCCCCCCCCCAGGCAUAUGAGCCACAAGCCUCCAUGCCUGCAGGUUGCCACAUGCAUUGUUAAAAUGCAAAGUUGUUAAAUCACAGGAUUUGUUUGAUUCUAAAUAUGUGAACAUUGGACAAAUCUAAUGUCUGUACUUGAUACCUGUUACUUGACGGUUAAUGAGCCUCCUUGCUUUUAAAGAAAAGCACUUACGGGUCUGAAUUCACGAUGCUUUAAGGGAUCAGGUACACCCUGUGGGACAUGAGAGCAAAACAAAUCUCCAGAAUAAACAGAUUAAGAUCGUAA